UUUUAAAAAGCAGAAACAUUCAUAGUAAUUAAUUAUAGCUUUAUUUUUUAUAAGAUGUUUUGUUGUGGAGAUAAAAACAGAAAGAAAAAUCUCCUUCCACAAAAGAGGGAAAUUUAGAUCCUUCUUGAAUCUACGUUAUUUACAGAAAAAGAACUCAGAGAAUUGAAGCAACAAUUUAUGGAAAUGAGUAAAAAUACUGGUUACUUAACAAUGAUGUAAUUUAGAGAUUGUAUGGGAAUUUUAGGUUUAGAAAAUGUUUAAUUUCUCAGUGAUCGUAUAUUUAAUAUUAUGGCUGAUCCAAAUGGGCAUAUUUACUUUUAAAAUUUCAUUAUUUAUUUGAAUACAAUCAUGAAUGGGGAUGAGAAUGAGAAAAUGAAAAUGUCAUUUCGACUGAUAGAUGAUAAAAAUAAAGGCUAUUUUAUCAAAGAAGAUCUUUAAAUGAUGAUUAAAUCAAUUGUCAAUUCUUGGGCUGCUAUUACAUAAACAACCUUAACUAAAGAAAUGUUAAGUAAAGUCGAUAAGUAGAUAAACCAUAUUUUUAAAGUUAUGGAUAUUAAAAAGUAAGAGAAGGUAGAAGAAUAAGAUUUCUGUCUCUCUUUGUAGAAAUAUCCUGAUUUGUUAGAAAUUUUCGAUUUUUUGAAUAAAGGUGUCACUGAUACAGUUGUGCAUAAUGAUAACAGAUCUAGAGAGCUUUAAAUUGCUAAAGAGUUAGCUCAUAUAGAAAAAUUUUUAGAGAGUUUAACUCUUUAUCUUACAGGAGAGACAACUUAAUUUUAUGAAAUAAACUUGAUUAAUCAAGAUCAUAUUCAUCAAAAGAUAGAUUUCUGCAAAAAGGAAGUAAAUAAUAGGGUGCCAAGUUUUUAAGAAAUUCAAAAAAAGUUGUAUCCAUUCAGUAGCUAAUAAAAUGAAAAUAUUUAAAAUGGAGAAGAAUCAAUUAAUUUAAAUUUUGAAAAGGGAAUAGAUGUCAGCAAUUAAACUUAUCAUUAAAGCAAUUUUAUAUUGCAUAACUAAAAAUAAUCUAUUAACUCAGACAAACACUAGUUAAAAUUUGUGAAUAAAUAAAAAUCAAAUGAUAACAAUAACAUUUAAAUUAAAAAUGACCACCUAAAAAAUGUAUCCAAUUCAAUUAGUAUGGAUAUCAAAAAUAAAUAAAAUGAAAAUAUGCAUUAUUUACAAACAGAGCAAGAUUAGUUAUAACACCACUCAAAAAAUCCUAGUAAUUUGAGUGAAUGUGGUAGUGGUGAAAAAGACUAAUUUGAUGAUCAUUUUUAUAAUUUUAAUAUGAUUGAUAUGCAUAAAAACAUUCAAUAAUAGUUUGAAGAAGAAAAUAAUAUUAAUAAAAAUAAGAAUAUCUACUACUAGGAAGGGUUUGAUUCACCAUAAAAAUCUUAAAAAAAUUCAUAAGAAUCAAAUAAUAACAGCUAAUAAAAUGCUACAUUUUAACCAAUUAUAAAAAAUGAGAAUUCUUUAUCUCAUUAAGAGUAAAUAUAAACAGCUUAGUAAAGCAGUAGCCAUCGAAUUAAUUAAUAACAAUAGAGAAGUUCUUCAGUAAUGAAUGGUGAUUCAGCUCAUAAGUAGAAUAUUCUUUUUUAAAGCCCUACUUUAGGAAUUAUAUCUGGUGAAGGAUAAAAAAAUAACUAUAUAAACAUACAUAAAAGAAAUUUUUCAAGUCAAUCUAAUAGUGAUAAUGAUUUUUAAACAGCUUAGUUUGUUUCAUCUCUGCCCAACCAGCAAUAUUUAUUGUAAAAUUUGUAAUCUUCUAAGCAUCCAGAUUAUGUUAUCGAGGGCAGUUUCCAAGAAAGUACAACAAUUUAUCCUAAUAAAAACAAUAAUAAUUUUGACUAAAACUUGAAAAAUCUGUCUGUUUCUAAUACAUCUAUUCAAUAAUUUUAAAAUAAAGUAGGAGCUUCUUUUUAAAUGCCAUUAAAAGAUCGUUCAUAAAAUCUAGAUUAUCCCUAAAAACUUAGAUAAUAUCAAUUUGUAAAUAAAGGGAAUUCAAUUUCGACUACCGACCAAUAAACAAAUAAUUUUAAUUCAAUUGGGUAAUUAAAUAAUUUUUCUUUUAUGCAUAAUCAUCCAUAAUCAUAAAAUACAAGCUAAACUCAUAGUUAGCAAACCCUUCAAUCACCUAUUUUAAAUUAUGAUGAGGAAGCCAUUUUAAAAAAAUAUGAAAGUGUGAUGUGUGCUGAUUGCAUAUGUAGAGUUACAUAAAAAUUUAAACAUGAUAAGCUUAAAGAAUUUAGAAAAUUGAGUGUGCCAGUUGUUUAAUAAAAAGUAUAAAUGAAUUAAUAACAAUAAAUUAAUUAAAACUACCAUUCAAUUAAGCAAAUUUAAUACUUAUAAUCCAAAACCUUCCCACAUACCUCCACAAAUUCUUAAAUUUCUUUCAAUGAAAACAACUAUUUCUUAGAUCCUUCAAACCAUCAAUUAAGGACUAAACUUGAUAGAAUAGCUUAAAAAUUCCUGGGUGAUAUAGAUGAAAUAGAAUCUUGUAACUUAGGAAGUGAUGAUGAUGAAUACAAGAAAAAAAAUAAUUAAAGAUAAUAACCAUAAACACCAAUGUAAAAUCCUUUUUAAGUGAUGGAUCCAGUUUCUAUCAAUCCUAAACGAGGAGAUUCGGGUUUAUUUACAUCAGGUAUUUCAAAUAAAGAAAUCUAAAAAGGCUAAGCAAUAAAAUAUAAUUAAAAUAUGAAAUAUUAGUAUUCUUCUUCUUCAAAUGCAAAUGAAAUCAUUCCAAUCGAUUCUUAAAUUAAAGCAAAAGAAUAUGAAUAAAAUGUUAUAGCUUCCGUUUAAAAGCAACAGGCUGAUGACUUAACUAAUAGAAUAAUUAGAUUCGAUGAUACUGAUUAUUCACGUUUAAACUCUCCAAAUUAAUAAUUAUCUCCCUCUAUUUCAAACCUGGCAAGUUUCUAUGAAUAGAAAGCUGAAACAUAUAUUCCUGGAAGUAAGAAAUCUAGCAUUUAUAUUUAAUAAGGUAAUAACACAAAGCCAACAAUAAAUACUGCCUCUAGUACUUAAAGAUAGAAUAGCAUACAAGGAUAUAGUUUAAAGUUUCCUAAUAAUCAUAAAAAUUAUACAAAGAGCUCAACAGCAGAAAUUGUAAGACAAACAUCGCAAUCUGUUGGUAAUGCAAUCGAUAAUAAAAUGCAUUAAUAAAUUAAGAAAACAAAUGAUACAAAUGUAAUUCUAAAAUAAAGGUAAUAAAAUGAAUCACCUAUCCUGUAAACUGAGGAUAUUCAAAUAGAAGUUUCAGCUAAUGCUCAAAGAGUAGGAAAUAAAUUUAUAUAAUCAGAAGUAAAUAUCAAGGAAGUAUGCAGCAACCAAUAACUUAAUGAUCAAAAUGUUAAUAAUAAUAAUAUUUAUAGUGGAACGAAUAAUGAUAUAAACACAAAUUAGAUUAUUGAUCCAACUCAUUAUGUUUAUGUUGAAUCGUAUAAUACAAAUAGCAAAAACGUUUAGUCUAGCUCUUCAUAAAUAAAAACCAAAAACUCAAAUUAGUUAAUUAGUCAUCCAGUUUAAAGCUCAAGCUAUAACAAUAGAAGAAUCAUUAAUGCUUCAAAUUUGAAAAGCCAAAGAGAUAUGAUUGAAACAGAAAGCGAAAAUAUUUAAUAUAAUGCUCACACACCAACUACUUUUUUAAAUAAAAUCGAGUAAGAACAAAUGACUAGUUCUUUAUCAAAUGAAGUCAACAAAUUAUAGUUUGGAAGCAAAAAUUAAAUUGAUAAGACUCCUACUGCAGUGAUGAUUUCUAAAGACAAUAUUUUUUUACACAUUUAAAAUUAGAAAAACAACGAUACUCAAAAUGAAAAUCAAGAGGAAUAUUUAGGAAGUAGUGACAAUUUAUUAGAAUAAUAAAAAAUAGAGUAUCCUAUUAAGUUGUCUUAAUUGCAAGAUAAAAAGAUAAAAAAGUUGAUUUAAGAGAGGAAAUAAGAUUUUAAAUAUUAAGAAGAUGCCGUUUAUAUGAAUCCUAACAAUAAUAUCCCAAAAAUAUCAUAAAUGCUUCUCUAAAGUGGGAAUCAAGAAAAGGCUAGCUAAUAUUUAUAUGCUAAUUAGACAGAUAAAAAUAAUAGCUAAACUCCUACUAAGAUUGAAUUAAAUGGAUUUAACAGAAAGGAAGAUCAUAAUAUAGAUACUGGCCAUAAUAUGAAAUAUAAGGAAGAAAAUGCAGACGACUUAAUUAACAAAUUAAAUUACAUUUCUCCAAGACACAAUAUUUAUUCAGCAUCAAAGCUAAAUAAAAAUAGUUACAAUCCAUAAUCAUUAAGAUCUUCUCAGCCAAUAGACAUUUUCAAGGUUCAGAGUACAAUACUAAACACGUCUAAAGCUAAUAAUUUAUUCCAAAAUAACCUCCAUAAUAUAUAAUCUUAAGAAAAUAAAUAAACAGAUCAUUCAUAGGUUAACUUCAUUCAACAAAUUAUGGAAAUGAAUGCAGAUGAAUUAAAAAAAAGGGCUGUUAAUAUAUUCUUUUAUGCAAAGGAAAUAUGUCUAUUUGUUUAAACAAUCAAAAAGAGUAUUGAGUCAAACUUAAAUGCUAGAUUAUCAGAAAAGCAAAGUAGUAAUAUUUAUAUUGGAUAAGGAAGAUAGAAAUCUUUAGAUAAUAAGCUCCAGAGCUUCAGCAAACUCUAAGCAGCAGCGAGUCCUCUACAUAGCAAAUAGCCUAUGGUGGCUUAAAGCAUGUAAGGAAGGCUGCCCCAUUAAUUAAAUUAAUCUGUUAUAAUAAAUAAUAAAACUCCUCCAUUACAACCGAUUUUUAACAACAACAAUGAAGAAGAAAACAUAAGAAUUUCAACAAUUUACAAUAUUUAGAAAAAGUAGCCGAGGUAAAAAGAACCCAGAAAACCAAAAUUAAUGGUCUUCUUUGGCCACUAAAAUUGGAAUUUAGUUGUCAACAUGAUGAUGGGUAUUCAAAUGAGUGUUCAAUCAGCAGCAUCAAACAUUAUUCUAAAUGAAAAUAAUUAGAUGCCUGAUCUGUAAAAUAGAGACUUCAAAGUUAAAUAUCUUUUUGAGCUACUCCCAAGAAAAGACAACUUAGAGAAAGAGUGGUCUUACAAGGUGUGUAAAUUUUAAGACUAUGCUCCAAAUGUUUUCUAAAGAAUCAGAAUGCUAUACAAUAUUACUGAUGAGUAGUAUUUAAAAAGCUUAGGGCCUAACUAACUUUUUAAUUUAGGAAAUGGUGGCUUAAAUAGCUUCAGUUAGUUAACAAGCACAGGAAAGAGUGGUUCAUUUUUUUACUUUACUGCAGAUGGUUUAUUCACUUUGAAAACUGUAAGCAGGACUGAAUUUCAUCACUUAAAAAAUAUUCUAAAAAAUUAUUAUGAGCAUCUCAAAGAAAAUAGGAAUUCUCUGAUUAUAAAAUUUUUUGGUUUACAUAAAAUAAAAAUUAGAAUGAAAAAAUCAACGAAAGUUGAAAUAGUUUAUAUCGUAAUUAUGGCGAACGUAUUCCAUACAACGAAACUAAUUCAUGAGAGAUAUGAUUUAAAGGGAUCAACAUAUGGUCGCACUACCAAAAACUCAAGGUGUAACUAUGAAAGACUUGGAUUUCUUGGAAAAAAAAACUAAAAUAUAAGCAAAAUUUGA